ACGAAUACCCAACACGGCCACUGUCGCCACAAUCCAUAUGGAAAAGAGGAAUCAACUCAACAGCACACAUCCCCCCUCAUAAAUCGCACCACCGCAUCAACAUCAUCAUCCUAUUCAUCAUCAUCAACAUCAAAAAAGUUAUGGCAUCCCAACAAGAACUUUUCCCUGAGGUCUGUUUGUCCGACUAUGACGAGGAUAUGAUGUCUGAUCGAGAAGUAGAAGCGGAGUUGAGGGCAAAUAAGGAGGCGUUUACCGCGACUGUUCCUCAAACUGCGGACACCACUCAAACCCCUAAACCUACAGAUCCCCAGGUUCAACCCACUCAACCGAUUGAUCCUCAGAUGAUAGCUCCCCCAAAUGCUGAAACAACCCUAGCAUCUCAACCUCAAACAGCCCUUGAGCCAAAGGUUAGCUCAGCACCUUCACGUAUGGCAUCGUCGUCGUCAAGAGCGUUGUUUCAGUGUCGGUUGUGUUCCCAUCAUCAUCCAUUACACAAAUGCUUUGUGUUUAGAAAAAUGACUGUGGAAAAACGUGUGCGUAUGGUCGUCCGUCAUCGUUAUUGUUACAAUUGUCUGCGUCUUGAUCAUGUUUCAAAGUUCUGUCCGGUUCCCAAACGGUGUAAUUAUUGCGGGAAAAAGCACCACACCAUUUUGCAUGAGCACCAAGAGGACAGCUCCAACCGGACACAAAAUUCGGCGAGAUGGUUAGUUCCCCGAGGUAUCGUUCCCACACCACCACCUCACAUAUUACCAACUUCCGUACUACCAAUAAGUCGUGUAUUGUCCUUGAGCCCUACCUUACGUGUGAAUAUAUGUCUGCCUAACUCUACCGUUCCAGUUAGGGCUUUAUUAGACCCCUGCUGCCCAGUCAGUCAGGUGUGUGCGUCUCUAAUAAAUGACCUUCGAUGGCCCACCACCAAAGUCAAUCAUAUGUCGUACGCCGACUUUAUGAUUACCUCCCGUUUUGACCCGGGUCAAAGGCAAUUUGUUACUGCCAGCGUAGCAAACAUUACUUGCGGUGUAACACCACCGAUGACCAUUUCAUCAUCAGUACGCGAAGCCUUCGUUGGUCUGGAACUCGCGGACCCAUCGUUUGAUUGUUCGGGUCCAGUAGCGAUGGUAUUGGGUCCAGAAAUUUAUUAUAAAAUCAUUAAGCCGAGAAUAAUUCAACAGCCUGGUCUGCCUACAGCGCAAUAUACCUCGUUUGGUUGGGUAAUUUCGGGCCCCGUCAACAUGUAAUUAACUGUUAUUAGUUAAGAAAAAAAUGAAUUGAAUUGAAUUUAAUAAAAUGAAAUUGCUCACAUAUAAACUGAACUUACGUCCUUGUAAAUCUUAUUGUACAUAUUUAUAUAACAUAAUUCCUUUGAGCUUUAUUUAGUUGAUACACAUGCAUGUAUAUCAAGGUGGGCGGCAAUGUAUAAGUUAGAUACUUUGCCCCUCAACUUCCCUUGCUCGAUCAAUCACGGAUGCUGAUUGGCGCACAGGCAUCUCCUCUACAACUCCCCUGGCGGAGACCGUAGUGAGCGGAUCGUCGCUGGGCAUUGGUUGUUGUCGGUAACCUCACCUUGUUACACAUGCUCUCAUUGGAAGUAGUUGUAGUUGUAUUAGUAGACAGACAUGGGAUCCUCUGCGAUCACCUAGAACCUCUGCGUUCACUUGUCUUUAGUCUUUGAACGAAUACCCAACACGGCCACUGUCGCCACAAUCCAUAUGGAAAAGAGGUAAUACUUAUUGUCGAAAACACAUCAAAAGCAAUUCAAUAAACCAGCAAAUUUUGCAAGAAAAGAAAUUAAUUCUAUUUGUUUGCUUUAUUUCUU